UUAUUCUAAGUAUAAUCCAAGGGUCACAAAGCUUUCAUGAUUAUUUUCAUGAAAGAUUUUUCAUAAUACCUAACAUUGUUAUUGUAUAAAUCAUAGCUCCCAGUUCCCACUAGUGUUCACCAAAACACUCAACCAGGUAGUGCUUUGCUUGCCCUAGUUCAAACUAUCCCCAAUGGCCCUAGACACAGUCUUCCUGCUUCGUGAGCUCUCUUUUGCAACUCUCGUCAUCCUCAUCACUCACAUUUUCAUGCGCUCCAUCCUCACUAAACCCCUCCGUAUGCUCCCCCCCGGCCCAACAGGGUUGCCACUCAUUGGUGCCAUUCCCCACCUAGGUUCCAUGCCACAUGUUGCUCUAGCUAAAAUGGCUAAAAUAUACGGACCCAUAGUCUACCUCAAAAUGGGCACUUGUGGGAUGGUGGUUGCAUCGACUCCAGACUCAGCUCGAGCCUUUCUCAAAACCCUAGACUUGAAUUUCUCAAACCGCCCACCUAAUGCCGGUGCAACCCACUUAGCCUACGGUGCUCAGGACAUGGUUUUUGCAGAUUAUGGACCUAGAUGGAAGUUACUGAGGAAACUAAGUAACUUGCACAUGCUUGGUGGCAAGGCUCUUGAGAAUUGGGCUCAGGUCCGAUCCUCUGAGCUUGGUCACAUGUUAAAAGCUAUGUACGAUUUGAGUUGUCGCCGUGAGCCAGUGGUGGUAGCGGAGAUGUUGUGUUAUGCAAUGGCAAAUAUGAUCGGACAAGUGAUACUUAGCCGACGAGUGUUUGAAACGAAGGGAUCGGAGUCAAAUGAGUUCAAGGACAUGGUGGUGGAGCUCAUGACCACCGCAGGCUAUUUUAACAUUGGAGAUUUCAUACCAUCGAUUGCGUGGAUGGACUUGCAGGGAAUAGAGCGUGGGAUGAAGAGGUUGCACAAGAAGUUUGAUGUGUUGAUAACAAAGAUGAUAGAGGAACACAAGGCUUCGGCUUAUCAGCGCAAGGAAACGCCAGAUUUUCUUGAUGUUUUCAUGGAUUCAACAUAUAAAAUUGAAGUAAUUGAAGAGAAGCUCAACACGACCAACAUCAAGGCACUACUCUUGAACUUAUUCACUGCUGGCACCGACACAUCAUCAAGCAUAAUAGAGUGGGCGCUAGCCGAAAUGUUGAAAGACCCAAAAAUCCUCAACCGAGCACACGACGAGAUGGAUCGGGUCAUCGGUCGAAACCGACGGCUACAAGAAUCCGACCUACCCAAACUCCCAUACUUACAAGCCAUUUGCAAAGAAACAUUUCGAAUGCACCCUUCAACUCCUCUCAAUCUUCCCAGAGUCUCUGCCCAAGCUUGCCGAGUGAAUGGUUAUUACAUUCCAAAAAACACUAGACUCAGUGUCAACAUUUGGGCCAUAGGCCGAGACCCUGAUGUGUGGGAAAGGCCAUUAGAGUUCAUUCCUGAUAGAUUUUUGAGUGGAAAGAAUGCAAAGACUGAUCCGCGUGGGAACGAUUUUGAGCUGAUUCCAUUUGGAGCUGGAAGGAGGAUCUGUGCCGGUACUAGAAUGGGGAUUGUGCUUGUUGAGUACAUUUUGGGCUCUUUGGUUCACUCUUUUGAUUGGAAAUUGGCUGAUGAUGGAGUUGAGCUGAACAUGGAUGAGAGUUUCGGACUCGCUCUGCAGAAGGCUGUGCCUCUUUCGGCUAUGGUGUCUCCUAGGUUGCCUCCAAAUGCUUAUGCUGGUUAAGCCCUACAUAGCUUAAGAUCAUAUAUGAAUAAAGAUGAUUUGCUUUGUGCCUUUUUGUUUUUGGUGGAAUUGCACAUGGGGAGCAAAAAUAAAAAUAAUUAUAAAAUUAUGGACGUGCAAAUGGGUCUGUGCUCUAGAGCAUAACUCUCGUUACACUUUCAUAUUCUUGUAAUUAUUUUUAUGCUUUCCACUAAUUGUAAUUCUUCAUUAUUUCUCUUUUGAUGUGUCUCUACGUACAUUUUGAGGAUACACCCUACACUAUGUAUCCGAUUGUUGUGGUGUGUUUGUUGGGAUUUUGGAUGCAGGUAUCAAAAUAAAAUGCUUGAAAAAACAUGGUGUAGCCCCACAUCGGUGUUGGAUUUUGUGAAUUAAUUUUAUGUUCUUUCA